GCCCUGGAAUUACCAGCCAGGAGGCAGGUAGAGGACAGAGCUCCAUGCCUGAGCCCGUCCUCCAUGCCUGGUCCCUGUGCCCUCAGUUCUUCCCCAAUGGAGAGGCCAUCUGCACCGGCUCCGACGACGCUUCCUGCCGCCUGUUUGACCUGAGGGCGGACCAGGAGCUGACCACCUACUCCCACGAGAGCAUCAUCUGCGGCAUCACGUCCGUGGCCUUCUCCCUCAGUGGCCGCCUGCUCUUCGCUGGCUACGACGACUUCAACUGCAAUGUCUGGGACUCCAUGAAGGUCGAGCGUGUGGGUGUCCUCUCUGGCCACGACAACAGGGUCAGCUGCCUAGGAGUCACAGCUGAUGGGAUGGCUGUGGCCACCGGCUCCUGGGACAGCUUCCUCAAAAUCUGGAACUGAGGAGGCUGGAGGAAGGAGGUGGAAGGCCCUGAAGACACCCAGCUGUCCUUUCCCCCGCCCAGCCUCUUCGGCUUUUGUCUUCCCUACCCCAGUACCACCCCCACCAAGAGUUCCCCUCUGAGGACAGGAGUGUGGGGAGUGUGCCUGUGGGAGGCAGCAUCAGGGACCUGGGGCCAGAACUGCCCCAUCUCCUCCCACGGCUUCCUCUCUCCAGUCCUAAGAACCUCUCCCUUAAUGAGCAAAGACCCCUCUGAGUCCUUUGCAGCCCAGCAGCCUCUAGCCUGAGGUCCCAGCCCUAGACAGCCUCCCCCGGAGUCACUGCCUCCUUUCAGACCCAGCGCUCAGCCCUGUGAGUACGGCUCCAGCACCUCUAGGGUCCCGGCCCCCUUCCUCACGCUCUUUCCUUUGCUUUCUCUCUCCCAUAGCACCUGCAAUAAAGCAUAGCACCUGGUACGUCUGCGAUGCCUGGUUUCCACCCGCUCUGUUCCAGAGCUCCCAGGUCCCACUGAGGGGUAGUAACGUGUCACAGGUGCUGUGAUAAAGGCCGGGUAGCAGGCGGCUUGUAGGCAGAGAGGGUGAAGGAAGAAGCCCAAGCCUCG